CCCGCCUUCCCCCCUCGCUCCCCCCUCCUCCGGGCCUGGCGCGCCUUCUGCGCCCACCACUACGUCGUCCUUCUCCUCGUCGUCCCUGUCCUUGUGGAGCGUGCAUUCCACCGGCCCAUGCUUAUGGCCCUCCACCUGGCCAUUUCCUGCGUCUUCCUCCUCACCACCGCGGGGCUCUUGCUCGCACACGCUGUCGCCUACGCGGUGCUUGGCUGCAUGGCGUACCUCCUACACCUCCUCCUCGCCCACCUCGACCUGGACGGGUCGCCCGCGGUGUGGAGAGAGAAUGGUGUCCUAGCCCACACCUGCGCCCUCAUUCUGGGACUCUGCCUCGUCUACUUCUUGGCCCGCUCCCGGGAAAUGAUUCUUCGCGAGCACUUCAAGGUCCAGUUCCUGGGAGCCUACCUCUUCCAGCGCGGCCGCCUCGAACAAGCCCUGGCCGACCGCCUCCUCCUCGCCACACUGCCCAUGGCCGUGGCCCACCACGCCCUGGACCCGCGCGACCUGCCGCCGCCCUCCACGUUUCCCACCCUCGCUCCUUCCCUCUAUUUCUCCAGAACGAGCGCGGCCUCCUACGCCAGGUCCUCCGCCUCCUUGGCACGCGCCAUAACUCCUCCCCCCUCGUCCCACCACCCCGUCCCUGCCGCUCCAUCCCCCGGGAACCCCCCAGGCGUCGGCCCGCCCGCCAUGAGCGCGAGUGGGACGGCCCCCUUCGCCCUCCACGCAAACACGUUGGGUAGAAGGGGCAGUGAGGGCAUGGUUCCCUCUGCUCCUCCGCCCGCGGUGCCUUCCACCGAUGGAAAUCCCGGAGCCGGGGGCGUGGGAGCUGGGGCAUCCUGCGCGGCGACAUCCACGACCGUUGCCGGCUCGGAACGGGCCUCGGGUGGGACCUCGACCCCCUUGCCCGCCCUUGCCUCCUGCUCGGCCCCCUCUACCAGCGUCCCGGUAGGGAGGACCACGAGCGCCGCGAGCAGUCUACCGGCACCGCAUGGGGAGGAGGACAGGGACGGGCGUGUCCCGGAGGAGUCGGUGUGGGUGUACCCCUCGCCCCGCCUUGUCCGUGACGCGCUCGCCCGCUACAAAGGCCGCCUCCCGCCGUCCGUGCACCCGUUCCAGAUUCCCCCUGCGAGCCGCUUCGUUCAACGGAAAUUUUGCACGGUCCUAGUCGCAAAAGCCGUCCAGGCAGGCGGUUCCCACCUGUUGGUUCCUCCCCUGCGCCUAAGCCGCGCCCUGUCGGAGUUUGAUUUGGUCGUGGGCCACCACAAGGUGACCAAGGUGUGCAAUACGGGAAGCAGCUACACGGCCUCCUGCGGGCUGUUCGAAAGCUGGGGCUCUGCGCGUAGGGAUGCCUUGGCCGCGGUGGCGGCGGCCAGUGAUCUAGUGGCGAUUGCAGAGGCGCUGGGGCUGGAUUUGUGCGUGGGCGUGGCGUCGGGAUCGGUAGUAGGGGUGUUAGACCCUUUGUCGCACUCCUUUUAUGACCUGGUGGGAGACGUUGUCAGUUCAGCCACGCUAAUGGCGGAUUUGGGCAUGAGCGGGCAGGUCUUUGUCGGGGAUUCCACCCACCAGCUGCUGGACCACAAGGAGUGGAGCUUCCGUCUGCCCCGCGUGGGCACGCACAACGUCUCGGUGCGCCUCCUGAACGGACACGAGGAGACCCUGAAAGCCCUCUCGAACCCUUAUGCCACUUCUUGGUGGUUCGAGCAUCGGCAGCAAAUCGUGCUGGACGAGCUUGCUGCAGAAGAUGGGGUACGGGACGCGAGUGCGCACGGUCCCAGUCCUGAGAUUCUGGGUCUGAAGUCAUCCUCCGUCACAGCUGUCUCCCAAGAGGCGUGGGAGCGCGGUUUGGAGGAAGGGUCUCUGUCUGGUCGUACUGGUGGCGGCUCCCCGCAGGCAUGCAAGCGCGGUCGCGAGCAGCCUGAUGGGAAAAACCCACGCCCGUUCACCAUUGCCAGCGUCUAUGAACUUCGAGAGGAGCUGGAGGCAAGUGGAAGUGGAGAAAGGCGGGAGGGCAAAGGACACCAGUCUCUAUCCGUGCAACCCUGGCCGGUCACCUUGGAGACUCUCGACCGAAGUGUCUCGGAUGGUACGUCUGGCCGGCAGACACGUGCUGAGGUGCUAGAAGAGGAGGCGGAAUUUCGCGCGUUCGUCCUUGGACAGCGCCUAGAGUUGGAGGUACUGCUGUUGGCGCUCUGCACAACUACUUUUCUCUGGACCACGAACCUAUACAGCUGGACUCUAGGGCCGUUUCUUGUCUUGCUCGUCGUUCAGUGUGCGCUCCGCUGGCAACACUCGGACAAUAGCCGGCUGGCAUCCCUUCUCGUGGGCCUGUAUGGGUGCGCUGUAGGAGCACUGCUUCUGGGCAUGGCGUUUGUGAACCACGACGUCUUCGCGCUCUCCGUCCUUCGGGGAGUUUUCCUCCUUAGUCCUAUUGUGUACAUCCCCGCCCGCAAGGCCUCCGCACUGGCAGGGGCCAUUUUUGCCUUUCUUCUGCUUAAUCAUAUCAUCAUCUUGAUCGCAUCCUCUUCGCCCAGACCAGACGAGCUUCAUUACGUGCUAGGCCGGUACUGCUGGUACGGGGCCCUUGUUGCCGUCCUGCUGACAUACCAUCGUCAAACAGAGCAUCUGGGUAUGACUUUGCCCAGUCAGGUCUAUCCUUACGUGCAGGAGCUGCAGGCCUUUGCAAGCGUGCUCUUGGCGAGGACCGAUGCGGUGGUGGCUAAGUUGGUGCCAUCGAAUGUAGACGUGCGUCGCCUUUUGCUCCACGCGCAGCAACAGCGCUUAGGAGGCCACCUGGCACUUCGGACACAAGCUGUGAUCGUGCACAUUGACUUUCGAGCUUUGAGCAAGUUGGACGGAUUGGUCUCACCCUUGCAGCUCUGUGCCUUCCAGAACCGCCUGUUGGGGAUGUUGGAUGGGGCAGUGCGUCUCUUCUCUGCCUCACACCUGUGGCACUCCGGACACGUUUUCGUGGUGGCUUGCGGCCUCGAUCCCGCACUCAGCCAAUCCUUACCUUCCAGUGCCGCAGGAAGUGGCGACCGUCCGCCAGCGUCCACCUUUGAUGGCAACGGUCAUGACCCAGUGCUACAGGCUCUUGGGCUGUCUCGUUUUAUCAAAAUUAAAAUACAUGAGUUCAACUUAAAGAACCACGUCUCCCUUUCCGUACGCGUGGGGAUCGCUCGGGGGACCAUCACGUUGAACUCCGCCAGCACAGAACGCUUCGAUGCCACCGGCAGCCCCAUAUUGAUAGCUAAAGUCCUGGCUCUGCGCACCCUAGCGACCAUGGUGACGGCAGAUAUAGCUCUCCAUGUCCAGCGACAUGCUCCUCCGGAGAAGCUCAAGACCAUCACGUUUCACCCGGUCACGGAGGGGCAGAUACCCUUGCUGCACGGGAACACUGUGGAGGCCGUGGAGGUGACGCUGGAAUCUCAGCUUCCUGACCACUUAACUGUCGGCCCUCGGUUGGAGGACUUCGAAAUAUUGGGACUUCUUGGUUCAGGAGGCUAUGGGUCUGUGCACCUGGCUAGGGAGGGCCACAGCGGAGGUUUGGUGGCGAUGAAGGUUAUGUUUAAGCGUCGCCGGGGCGUCUCAGACUUGAUGCGUGUGGAAUUGAAUGUCUUGGCUCAAGUGCAGCACCCGCACGUGGUGCAGUUCCACUACUGCUUGCAAACCAAGAGCCGGAUUAUUCUGGUCAUGGAAUACAUCCGCGGCGGCACCCUCAAGGCCUUGCUCAAGGAGCCCUUAUCAUUACGGCCUCCUCCCCGAGUCUUGCGUCGCUGGGCUGCAGAGUUGGUGCUCGCCUUAGGAUACUUGCAUUCUUUGCACGUAAUCCAUCGGGACAUCAAACCGGACAAUUGUAUGGUGGGUGAGGACGGGCACCUCAAGUUGAUGGAUUUCGGGCUAGCAAAGGUCCUUCAGCGGGGGACAGAGGCAACGACAUUCGGGCUCGGAGCGGACCCUGCAGGCGGUAUUAAAUCGGAAGGCGUCGGAGGAGAAGUCGCAGAGGGAAUGAUUGCAGGCGCCAGUAGUGGUGGAACUUCCGGUGCUGCCUCGACGACAGGGCUGGUUGCGGCCUCGGACAGUCUGCAGCAAGUGGCGGCGGCGAACGCAGCGUGGAGCGAUAAUAGUGGCUACACGGAUAUCAUGCCAUUGAUGCAGCGACUCAUGCCCCAGCGCUCGUACCAGGCCUCUGCCUCCUUUCUCAACGCGGAAGAUGCAAGCGCGGGUUCGUCGGCUGCGUUCACCCAGCAAGCUCCGUUUCGCGUCCUGCUUGUGGAAGAUGAGCCUUUCACGCGUCUGAUUACCAAGUCCUUAGUAAAGAGUAUGGGGUUCCAACCGCUUACCGCAGCGCACGGAAAGAAGGCGCUCGAAGUCCUGCGGGCAAGCUUGCGGACGCCGCAGCCUGUCGAUCUGGUCCUCCUCGACCUGGAGCUGCCCGUUAUGACCGGUCCGGAGGUUCUUGCCGAGAUGCAGGCAGACGUGUCGCUGCGAACAGUGCCCGUGGUUGUCUUGAGUGUCGAUGACAGAACGGCGGACAUUGCCGCCUGCAUGGAGCUGGGGGCGAAAGAUUAUUUUAUCAAGCCCAUUCGGAUGGAUAUGGCGCCGUCUUUGUUAAAAUUUGCACGCGAUCGCCGGCGCGAGAUGGCUUGUGUGGGGGCUCAGAAUCGGCUGUCGGAGGGAAGAGAAGGAGAAGAAGAAGAUGAGGAGGAGGAAGAGGAGACCAAGGGUAUGGGAGAGGACAAGAAGAGACAGAUAGAUUACCUUGCGGACAAGAAGCAGAAUGCCCGAGAUCAAGCAUCGCAUGGCAGUGACGCGGAAGGAAUUGAGUCAAAACGAUCAAACCAGUCGCAACAAAAAAAGGAAGAUGGCGAAGAUUACUGCCAUCCCAAGACGGUCCGGUCAGAAACCUCGUUCCAGCGGCCAGUCGCAGCAGGCAAGAAGGACCAGCGUGAGCAGCGCCCCACAGAGCAGGGGCAAGCAGCGUCGCAACAAGAGGAAAUAUCAUCAAAAGAAAGUCAAGCUGGCAAAGGAAGAGGGAUUAGACGGCUCAGACAGCAGCCUCAGGAGGACCAAAAGGGCGUGCAACCUGUUCCUGAUGAGCGGCAAUGCCACACUUCUGCGGAUCUGAUGUGGGAUGGAAGUCCGCCAAAUGCCGCCACGGCGGGUGCUGGUCGAGUCAUAAUAGAAGAUAAGUUAUUGCCGGGGAUGCCGACGCGUGAGCACUUUUCCCUGGUUGGCACCCCCUACUACAUGUGUCCCGAAAUGCUCGAUCGCCAACGGUACGGCCCUGCCCUGGACUAUUGGGCGCUGGGCAUCUUGCUAUUUGAAUGCUUUGCUGGAGCUCCACCGUUCACGGGGGAAACCCCCGAGGCGGUGUUCACGGCCAUCCGGGCAAGGAAUAUACCGUGGGGGAAGUUGAGGAAGGCGCUGGAGGGGGUCGCAGAGGAAGCAUUGGGGAGAAGGGAGGAUGAGGGGAGGAUAGAUGUGGGGCACCUGGAGGACUUGGUGCGGAGACUGCUGGAACCCGAUCAGUUCCAAAGACUGGGCGCCGGGAAAUGCGGCAUCGAAGGCAUUAAAAGCCAUCCCUUUUUUGCAGGGCUCGAUUGGAAGACACUGUCCACGCAGGAGGUAGAUUACCGCCCAGCGCCCAGGAUGUAUUCAGUCAUGCAAUGUCAGCAGUCUCUGGCACGACGCGAGAGGCAAAAGGAUAAACAACAGCACAAAGGAGUGAGCAGGGAGGGCGGACAGACGGGAAGAAUGCAAGUGAGAUCGAGUAGAGCACCUGCGGGGAUUAUGACGAGGCGGCGGCUGGGUUUGUCGGUGGGAAUGGAUGCGAGUGUGGACGAGGCCUUUGGAGAGGGUGUCGGUAGGGACGAGGAUGCUCAGCUAACGAUGACUUCGGAUUGGCGGGCCUUACUUACGACGACAACCGCCUCCUCGCUCUCCAGGUACGAGGAACUGAGUGAGGUUGGCGAGGAGUGCUUAAAGGAAGGGGAGGACAAAUGGGAGGAAGGAAAGGAGGAGAAGGAGAAGGCCAAGGAAGAAGUCAAGGAGGCCUGCUCGCCCACAAGCCCGCAGAAGGCAGCGAAUAUGGGGGUUGAAGGGUGUGGGGGGGGGGCUACCAAGUCUAGCGGUAAAGAAAACCGGUCGGAGAGGAACGCAUCUUCGUGGUGUCGGGAUGAUGAUGGUGAUGAUGAUGAUGAUGACGAUGAUGAUGAUGAUGAUGAUGAUUCUGAAAAUAGAAGAUUCAGUGGCAAAUGCUUUGCAAUGAAAAGGAUGUGGAGACACUGAAAGUGUACAAAGGAAGGACAGCGAGUUGUUGAAGCAAUAUGUGAUUCAUUGUACAUGCCAAGGAUGUUUGAGAGACUCACGUGUUGUAAGAGAAGAAACAUGAGUCAGACUAGAAGCUAAAUCUCAAAAGUCAUGAGAAUAAAGUGCGCUUCAAUUUUAUAAGAUUGGUCUUUUACUG